GCAGAGUGUAUCUUGGGCAGCAGGCGGGAUCUAGAGCUGUGCCUGCUGGAGUCGGGCGGGCCGAUCGGAGAGCAGCGUGGUCUGUACAGUGACUGACUGACAUCCGCCGGGCAAAAAGUUACUCUAGACUUCGCAGACAACACUGCCAACAUGUCUGGAGAUGACGAUGCACAGGAGCAGACCAUUGCCGAUGACUUAGUUGUCACCAAGUAUAAGAUGGGGGCCGAGAUUGCGAAUCAGGCUCUGAAGACAGUGGUCGAGGCAGCUAUGCCUGGAGUCUCUGUUCUCAGCCUGUGUCAAAAGGGAGAUGCCUUUGUCAUGGCAGAAACUGGGAAGAUCUUCAAGAAGGAAAAAGACAUGAAGAAAGGUAGUGCUUUUCCUACUUGUGUUUCCGUUAACAACUGUGUAUGCCAUCAUUCCCCUCUGAAGAGUGACCCUGAUGUCAUACUGAAGGACGGAGACGUUGUCAAAAUUGAUCUGGGUGUGCACGUUGAUGGCUUCAUCUCAAAUGUGGCUCACAGCUUUGUUGUUGGAGUGACCAAGGAAAACCCACUGACGGGACGCAAGGCUGACGUUCUCAAAGCUGCACACCUGUGUGCUGAGGCAGCUCUUCGUCUUGUUAAGCCAGGAAACCAGAACUCCCAGGUCACAGAAGCCUGGAACAAGAUUGCAAAGUCAUUCAAGUGCUCCCCUAUUGAAGGGAUGCUGUCCCAUCAGCUCAAACAACAUGUGAUCGAUGGGGAGAAAACAAUCAUCCAAAAUCCAACAGACCAGCAAAAAAAGGACCAUGAGAAGGCUGAGUUUGAAGUGCAUGAGGUAUAUGCAGUGGAUGUGCUCAUUAGCACUGGAGAGGGAAAGGCAAGGGAUGGAGGUCAGAGGACCACCGUUUACAAACGAGACCCCAACAAGGUGUACGGCUUAAAGAUGAAAACAUCUCGUACAUUUUUCAGUGAGAUGGAGAGACGCUUCGACACAAUGCCUUUCACUCUGAGAGCGUUUGACGAUGAAGGCAAGGCCAGGUUGGGUGUGGUGGAGUGUGCCAAACAUGAGCUGUUGCAGCCUUUCAACGUGCUGCAUGAGAAAGAAGGUGAAUUUGUUGCCCAGUUCAAGUUCACUGUACUGCUCAUGGCCAAUGGACCUCUGCGAAUCACAAACAGCCUGUUUGAUCCAGAGCUCUACAAGUCUGAGUAUGAGGUGGAGGACCAAGAGCUGAAGACUUUGCUUCAAAGCUCAGCCAGCCGCAAGACUCAGAAGAAGAAGAAAAAGAAGGCCUCAAAGACUGUUGAGAGUGCAACCGGACAGGCGAUGGAGACCGAAGCUGCAGAAUAAAAUUGUCUUGCAGACAUGUGAUGACCCAAAGAACAGACGUCAUGAAUCCUUCUGUCCCAGCUGUCUGAGGCACUUGCGGGUAUAGCCGCUGUGAAUACCUCUGAAUCUAACUGAUGUCAGUUUGGGAUGAUGCUGCUCCUAAAUUCUGUCACUCCACAUAUAACCAGACACGCAAACACACACACACACACACACACGUACAUCCCUAGUAAAUCUCAUUGUCCUUGAGACAGCCUCUCCUCUCAGCAGUGGAUAAUUCUGCUACAAAAGAGGAUGUUUUGAGAAAAAAGCCAUAAUAGUCACUGGAACAUUUAACCAUUCGACUCUCCUUGAGCCUUCGUCCCUUUCUCCACAUAACUGUAGUGAAAGAUGGAAAAUAAAAUGAGUUUGACAGAGCGGCCAAGGAUGAUGAAUGCACAAUUCUGUGUCAGCGUAAUUGUGUGGCAUUCGGAUAAAUUCCUUGAGGUCAUAAACCUGAAGCCAUGCCUUUUGAAAUGAGUGUUAAGUUGUGGGCAGAAAUGUAUAACAUCUGUCUUGAACCUUGAAGUUUUAAGCAUGACAUCAUUAUUAUUGAUUGACAGUCACGUUAAUUAACGCAUUUAUACUGCUCUCGCUUAGUCCGUCUACUCUAGUACAUUGUGUACACUUCUAGGAAUAAACUGUAGGUUACUCAGCUAAUAAUUUCUGAAACUGACAAUUUAAGACCUUGUAGUUGAGCAAUUUAACUAGUAAAAAAAACAAUUUCUCAGUUGUGGAUGGUCUAACUCCUGCCAAGGGUUCAGCAUUCAGUCCUCUGGUGCCACCAUCGAGUCUGUGUUUACAUAAGAACUCCAUACCUGAUGAAUAAUGGAUGAUUUUGUAAAACAAAUCCUAGUUUCAGAGACUAUUUUUGGAAACAUUAAAAAGCCACCUGACAUCAUUUGUGUAGUUGUCUCUUUUGACUGUGUAUUCAGCUAAUUGUGUUGACGAAAAGGGUUGUUUUGUUAUGGUUUUGAAUACUAAUGAUCAACCCUCAAAUAAAAUGAAUGUUAUUUCAUUGCAUAAAUCAAUCAUCAACCAUAAGACUGGUACAGAGUUAAAGGGCUGCUGGAAUAAAUAAGGAAUCAUCUAUUAUGAAGACGAUUUUGGGGAAUAUGACUACAACAUAUUGAGAUUCUGUGAUAAUUAAAUCCUAAAUAUACUUAAACUCUGAACCGGGAACUUGUAAGAGAACAGUAAAACAACCAGCAUUAACGUAUGUACUACAAACAUACUUGUUUUGGUUGAGAGAGGACGGUAGAAUGUAUUUGACAUGAGGGUAUAAAUAAAAAACUAUAUUCUUAAAGCCUUUUUCAAAUAUUUGUUUUGUUUCAUAAAAUAAUUUACUUUUUAUAAAUGCUCUGUUUCAGCAUGAAGGUCUUAAUGCAGUAUGAAAGCCUUCAGCACUGCUGGUAAAACAUUUUGGAUGGGAAAAAUUCUGAAUCAUCAGUAUUUACCUUCUAUUUAGUUUCUUGUUGGUCUAUAAGAGCGCACUAGGCCUAAAAAUUCCGACACACAACACAAUAAAUAUAAAAAAGACUUAAGUUCAUGACUUAUAAAUGCUAGCUAGGGCCCUAAAGAUCAUGUAUUUUAAUCAAUAUAGUAUUACUAAUCACCUGAGUAACAUUUUCUACUUAUAUAUAAUAGGCUUAAACAUUUCAUAUAUUUUUAUAAUUUAUAUUUUAUUUCUGUGGUCAGUACAAAGUUAUGCAGAAAUAAUAAACCGGGACACUGGACAUGUAAAUCACAUUAAAGGCUACAGCAAUGGUUUGACACAAGCAAGUAUUUUUCUUUCUAGAAAACUACAUUUCCCAAAUUUUCCCGCGGUCCAAUUCAGAUGACGUGUAAAACCACUAUAAAUACGACGUCGCCAAGUUAUGACGUUCUUCGUGGAGACGAUUCCUUAGCGUUUGCUUUCUCGUCUCGACAUGAGAGCUAAGUGGAGGAAGAAGCGCAUGCGCAGACUGAAGCGUAAAAGGAGAAAGAUGAGGCAGAGGUCCAAGUAGGCUGUCUUCUUCGCCAUGGCUGACAGCACAUGUUGUGAAACAACCAGCCCGGUGAGCAGCUGAAGACCCUGACCAGGACCCUCCCGGUGUCAAGUCUGUCAGUGGAGCCCAAACCAACACGAGGCCGUGGAGCUGCAGCAGCUGAUAUAUGCUGGAGCACUGAUUCAAAACCUGCUGGAUAACAGGCUUUUCCUCGGGGACAUUCUGGACUCAUUGUUCUUAAUUCCUCAACUUUUGUCUUUUGUUUAUACUGUGAUUAAAGGUUUUGGUUUCUAAAUAA